CGAGAAUCGAGAACACUAGGGCUCAUUCCAAGUUUCGCGGUUUUUCUCUCCAAGUCUCUGCUGCGUAGGAAACGCAAGGGUCGCAUCGUUUGCGUCUGUUGGAGAGUUAGGAAGAGAGGCCAACAUGAGCGCUGGAGGAGAGAAAGGGUCAGCAACUAAGACGCCGGCAGACUUUCUCAAGUCAAUUCGUGGUCGACCGGUGGUCGUCAAGCUCAAUUCUGGAGUGGAUUACCGAGGUAUUCUAGCAUGUCUUGAUGGUUAUAUGAAUAUCGCGAUGGAACAAACUGAAGAAUAUGUCAAUGGACAGUUGAAAAACAAGUAUGGUGAUGCUUUCAUCCGUGGAAACAAUGUUUUGUACAUUAGUACAUCGAAGACGGCUCUUCCCGAAUGAGCCCAAAUUGUACUUGUGGUUUCUGCUAAUUGUUAUUGAUGUCAUGUUGUGGACAUGGGAAUGAACUAAACAAUUCCAAGUUUAGCUGUUCCUUGAACUUCUUAUCAAGUUCCUUUUCACCGUUGA